UUCUAGUCUACCUUCCUCCGCUGGUCUUGGGGUUCUGGUUCGUAUUUUAUGCGGUAUCUGUUAUCAGCUGGUCGUCUAUCCAGCCUCUAAGGCGCUGUCAUUUCCCCGCAGAAUUAUGGCGGCUUUGGUUUGGGUUCAGCGGACCGCGUCUCUGAGGAAUCCCGGGAGUCUGCUCCAUUCCCGGAGCCCAGUUUUGCGGCUUCGCUGCCGGUUUCAUGUGGGCAGGAAAUCCUGUUCCUCAGAGUUCCUGCACCGGAGCGUGGUUCCGUCCAUGCACUACCAAAAAAGUCUGCCACGACUACCCAUCCCCAAACUGGAGGACUCCAUCAGCAGAUACCUGGCUGCCCAGAUGCCUCUGCUGGAUGAUGAUCAGUUCAGAACCACAGAGAAAGUAGCUCAAGACUUCCUGAAGGGGGAGGGCAGACAGCUGCACGAGGAGCUGGUGCUCAUGGACAAGAACAACAAGCACACCAGCUACAUUUCAGCUCCGUGGUUUGAUAUGUAUCUAUCUGCACGCGACUCUUUGGUGUUGAACUUCAACCCCUUCAUGUCCUUCAACCCCGACCCGAAACAGGAGUACAACGACCCGCUGGUGCGCUCCACCAACAUGGUGUGUUCAGCGGUGCGCUUCAUGAAGACGCUCCGGGCCGGCCUGCUGGAGCCCGAGGUUUUCCAUCUGAACCCUGCCAAAAGCGACACGGCCACGUUCAAGAAGUUCAUCCGCUGGGUCCCGUCCUCGCUGUCCUGGUAUGGAGCCUACAUGGUGAACGCUUAUCCCCUGGACAUGUCUCAGUACUUUCGUCUCUUCAACUCCACGCGCAUCCCCAAACAAGGGCGGGACGAGCUUUUCAACGAUGAGAAAGGCCGGCACCUGCUCGUUCUGAGGAGAGGAAAUAUGUACGUCUUUGACGUUGUUGAUGGCGAUGGCAACAUGGUGAAGCCGGUUGAGGUCCAGGCCCACCUGAAGUACAUCAUGUCUGACCCAAAACCGGAGGCGGAGUUCCCGCUGGGGGUCCUGACCAGCGAGAACCGGGAUGUCUGGGCAGGACUGAGGGAGAAGCUGAUAGCCGCUGGGAAUGCAGAGGACCUGGGAACGGUGGACAGCGCCCUCUUCUGCCUCUGCUUAGAUGACGAGACCAUGAAGGAUCACAUCCACAUCUCCCACAACAUGCUGCACGGCGAUGGCUGCAACCGCUGGUACGACAAGUCCUUCAGCAUCAUCAUGGCUAAAGACGGUCAAGCCGCCAUCAACUUUGAGCAUGCUUGGGGCGAUGGCGUCGCCGUUCUUCGCUUCCAAAACGAGGUCUUCAAAGACACCACGGAGCGGCCGCUCGUGCACCCCGGCUCUACGCCGGCAGCAGACUCUGCCUCGGCCGUGCGACAGCUGGACUUCAAACUAACCAGCGAGCUGAAGAACGACAUCAAGAAAGCCAAGCAGAACUUUGACUCAGCCGUGUCCAAGCUCACCAUCGACGCCAUGGAGUUCAAGAAGGGCGGGAAGGAGCAGCUGAAGAAAAACAAGCUGAGUCCGGAUGCUGUGGCCCAGCUGGCUUUUCAGAUGGGUUUCCUGAGGCAGUACGGGCAAACGGUGGCUACCUACGAGUCCUGCAGCACCGCAGCCUUCAAGCACGGCCGCACAGAGACCAUCCGGCCAGCCACUGUACACACCAAGCGAUGUUCCCAGGCUUUUGUUCAUCAGCCGGGCGCCCACAGCGUGGAACAACUGCGCGGCAUGCUGCACGAGUGCUCCAAAUACCACGGGCAGCUCACAAAAGAAGCAGCUAUGGGUCAAGGAUUUGACCGUCACCUCUUCGCACUGCGCUACCUAGCUACCUCUCAAGGACGGCCGCUGCACACCUUGUACACAGACCCCGCCUAUGCUGCCAUCAACCACAACAUCUUGUCCACCAGCACCCUCACCAGUCCUGCUGUCAGCCUGGGGGGCUUCGCUCCAGUGGUGCCGGACGGGUUCGGCGUCGGCUAUGGCGUCCACGAUGACUGGAUCGGCUGCAAUGUGUCCAGCUAUCCAGCACGUAACGUGCACGAGUUCCUGCAGUGCGUCCACAAGUCUUUGGAGGACAUCUUUAGCGUUCUGGAGGGGAAGCCGCUCAGCUGAGAUGGAGUCAUCAGACUUUGCCUUGAGGGUAAAUGAUUGUAAGAUUUGGGAAACUUACUGUAUGGACUUUAAUUCACACGUGAAUCAUUGAAGCAGAUUUUAUACAGCUGAACACAGCGUGCCUCAUUAAUGAAGAUGAAGAAAAGUCGUACCUCAUCCGUUGAUGUUCUGUCUGUGGUUUAAUUUAAUAAUAAAGCUAAUGUAACUAA